AUGAAAUUUGUGGUACAAUAUUUAUGAUGCAUUAACUUCCUAUUUUCCCAUUUUCUUUUAAUAAUAAGGACAUUCCAAACAAUCAAAGAAUCAUUCCAUGCAAGCUGAUACUUUUUUUGUGUGUAUUAUUUGUUCACUACUGGAAUGUGAACUUGCAUAUGCACUUUAAUAGCAUUUGUGAAAACUUUAUACAGUGUGCCUUUUUUAUUAGACUUAUAAUGUAGGUUAGUUUGUUUGCCUGUUUUUAUUAUGGUGAUCAUUGUGAUGCAAAGGUAAAUAAAAUGGCAUCGCUCUAAGUGUGAAACUGUGAAAAAGUGACAACAAUACAAACUGUCUGUUGCAAACGUUGCGUUUUAAAUUCUUUUGUUUUUAUCUUGUACAUUGCGCUGUUGGUACAUGUAGGUAACUGUAGAAUGUGAGGGGGUUUAAUGGUUGACCCGUUUAUUAUGAUUGUUAACUUGCCUAGCUUUUUCUUUCUCUCACUAGAAAUCUUUUAGGGAUUCCCUCACAGCACCAGAGUUUGUUCUUACAGACUUUGGCAAAAUGGAAAGGCCAGCACAGCUUCAUUUGGGAUAUGCAGUGAGUGAAUGUUGUAGAAAAUUAAUAGUCUUCUAGUGUUAAUGAAAUUUUUGUUUUGAUAUAUUUCUAUUAAUUUUCCCGCUCUUUUGACUAGGCCCUGCAUAAGUUUGUAAAAGAAUAUGGAGUUCUCCCUAGACCCAGAAAUCAGGUAAUUUUCUAAGUAUUGACAGUUAUUCUUCAUAGAAUGAAAUUGGCAUCAUCAUUUUAUCUAUUAGCCUAGCCAUUGCUCUGGGGUAAGGGUCAAUCUACCCUUAUUUAUGGCUGUACCUAUACCGGUAAUUGUCUUGUACUCAUACACAGAAACGCUGCAAGGUUUAAGGUUUAUAUUUUUAACUGUUUUUGUUUCCACACCACACAGGAAGAUGCCAAAAAGUUCAUUUCACUGGCCAAACGGCUCAAUUCAGAAAAGAUAUGUUUACAGGUAACUCAAACCUGAAAGUUAAAUUUCAAAUAUUUUCCCAAAUAUUCAACCAUGGGCAAGUUAUUAAAUGUACAUGUAAUCUUGAGCAAUUUCCCCAAACCUGUUUUUGUUAUUUGUUUGUCUUUUCCUUUCUUAAUUUUUUUUUCUUUUACUGAAAAAUAAUAUAGGUGGAUGAAGUUGAUGAGCAACUUCUGACACAACUGGCCUACAAUGCAAGAGGUGAUCUUUGUCCAAUGCAGGGGGUUAUUGGAGGAAUUACAGCUCAGGAAGUUAUGAAGGUAUACGUCAGCCUAGUGUACCUUUCCCACCCCUGGGUCAAGUACACUCUUUUGACUACUUCCCAAAUCUCUGUUGACCAUUUUAUUCUCGUCUUUUUCAGUACAUUUAACACUAGUCUGUGUCACCGAGCUAAAUGCAACCUAACCUCAUUUAGUAACGUCUGCAAAGCAGUACCUAGAUCCUUGUUCUGGAUCCCAAUGGACUCAAUGAAUUAUCAGAAGUGUGUUUCAAAUUUCCUGUUAACUUCAUUGUCAAAUCAACAAUGGUAUUUUUAACCCGUGAAUCAUGGUGUAUACUCAAAUCCUGGCCGUAAACAGGUGAGGACCUAGAACAAGGAUUUUGGUACUGUUUUGCAGACAGACUUAGAAAGAACUUAUUUCCACCAAUGGGAAAGGCUUGUCAAGCACAUAUCUAACACAACAAAAAAAUAAUUGUUGUCAUUAUCAUUAUCAUGACCAUUAUUAAUUUUGCAGGCCCCAGCGUGCAAAGAAAGUCAUGUCCGAUAACCCGGGGCUAGUGGAUUUUGCUAUUGGGCCACUGAGUGAUUUUUGUUCUUAACUUGCCCGACAGGCAGUACUGCUUUUUGGAAAAAUUCAAAUCACAGAAGGAUUGUAAUCAAUCCUGCAAAUCAAAAAGGGUUUUGGGGCUAGUUGAAAUGACUUGUGGGCUAGUACAUGCUAGCUACAGCUUGCCCGAAUGGCUGGCUGUAAAACUGACUUUCUUCACACCCUGAGGCCCAUUAGUGUUUAUAUCAAUGAGAAAAUUCUGACUCGUGAUCAAGGAAGUUGUCAAUGAAUGUCACUACAUUAGUGUACUGUUACUUGCCUCUCUUGUUCUAGGCCUGCAGUGGAAAGUUUAGUCCUAUCUUUCAACUUCUGUACUUUGAUAGUCUUGAAUGCUUGCCAGAGGAAGGAGAAAUACCAGAAGCCUCAUGCCAACAAGUGAGAUAACAUUCAUUUAAGGAUAAAAAUUAAUAGUGAAAACUUAUUCAUAAUCAAUAAGCCUAAUUCAAACAUUUUACAUGUACCAUGUAUAACCUUUUUGGCAUCUCUGAAGAUACUCACUUGGUAAAAACUUAUUUCACUGAACUACAGUAUCCCAUUUACUCCUCGUCAAUGUAUGGAGACAUUUUGUCUUUUUUUUUUUGUUUUUUUUUUUCUCUCCAACUUUAAAAUCUGUGAACGAAAUCCUAUGGUGCUACAAUUAAACUGAACUUUUAUCGGAAAAGCUUUUGCAUAGCUCCAUAAAAGCUGGUGAGAUAGGUGAGGUACAGAGGUCAUUCAGUUGGUUGGGUUUGUGCGUGGCUGGCCUUAGGCUUCGGCUGGUGGUGCUGCCGCUGCAACGCAUUGCUGAUCUAGGUUGCAGCUCCUACUGCUCUAGUUUUCUAGUGACCACUGGCCUAGGUGUGUUGCCACUGUACAGCAUUGUUGUGUUGUGUUGUUGGCCGAGGCUUCAGCUCAUAGUACCAAGGAAAUGAGGCUUCAUGAUCAUAUAAUGGGAGUCAACAGUUAUGCCAAUCAUUCAGUGGGUUUCUCAAACAUUAAUAGGGAGCUGAAACAACAGGGUUUUUGAGUGACACACAUCAACCGGAAGUGGACUUUUUGCUUCCUUGGGCAGCUAGGUUUGGUUCAAACUCUUAGGCGAAUCAUCUAUAUAAGAGAAAAGACACUAAGCAAUACAUAUUUGUACGCCUCACUUCCUUUUGACAUGUGUCACUCAAAAACGUCUUUUAAUACUUAAGCUCCCUAAUGCCAAACGUUUACAAUUGUCCUUUCUUUAGUAACUCCAUUGUUUCUUUAUUGCUCAUGCAUUUGGUUAUACUCAACAGAACGCUAACAGUGAAAUUAAUAUCACUUUUUUUUGGAAUUUUGCUAUUGCCAGACAAACAUACAUGUAUUAGGAAAGAAAGGGAAAAUUGAGGAUAAGUGCGGAUUGUUUUGUGACCAGUAAGACUGUUUAAACCUUCUGGGGUUUAUUUUUGUAAGAGACAAUCAUGCUUAUGAUGAUGAUGUUCUCUUUAGACCGGAUCAAGAUAUGAUGGACAAAUUGCAGUCUUUGGAAAGGAAUUUCAAAAGAAGCUGUCAGAGCAGAAGUACUUUAUUGUGAGUACCAGUACCUUAACAGUAUCGUUUUGUCUGAAGGAAACAGACAUGAUGUUCUAUUCUAUGAACAAAUCUCCCCUCUCCCAACCCCUUCCAUUUUUUUUUUGCUCUCGCUCCAACUUUUUUGCAAUAUUCGAGUGGUAACACUUGCUACGCUGGCUAACAUUUGCCAUGGAAAAUAGGCAUUGCAAUAAUUAAGGUGAUUCCCUGGUUUUGCACUGCGCAUCUCUUACUGCGCGUAACAAGAUGGCCUCCAUAAAAAAGAGCAUGUGAAGUAACAUUAUUAAAAUGAAGUUAGCCGGAGAGAAACGCUAUUGCAAUUUUUGCUUGCGGUUGUUUCUUGCCGAGGUGAGACUCAAUGUGGUGGGAAUGUGCAUAACGUAAGCAUACGCGUGUUGCUGAGUUCGACUUCCUCACGGAGAACCUCGAUAGUGGAUGUUUAAUUUGUGCUUAUUCACUUUGAUUUUCAUUUAAAUGCUUUCUUUAUCACAUUGUGUCCUAAAUGUGAUAUCUCAAUGUAAAUUCUGUAAGAACGGAUUUUUUAAUACUUUCUUCCCCCUUUCACAUACAUUCUAUUUUGAAACUCGCCCCAGUCCUCUCUCAAAAAUCAAGGAAAAUGCAUUUGGUGCGCACUUUCUGCAGCUCUACCGCAAAAACGAGUACGGUGACCCCCAUGUUUUAUUUCAUAAUUUUAAUAAAGACAGUGCUUCCUUUCAGUGAGAAAAAAAUUGGCACAAAUCUAUGUUCAGUUUUUCGGCAAUUUUACUAAAUUGUACGGAUUGAGCUAUCACGUGUCGAAUAGCACAUGUCCAAUUUAAUUCUACUUUGGAGCAUUAAGUAAAAACAAGGGCAUUAAAAGGCAUUUUUCUGGUACAUAAGUGGAUAAACAAUACAUUAAAGUUAAAUUCCUUGCGAUACCACAUGCAUCAUUGAAAAAAUCUUUCCUUUUUGUCUAGUUUUGGGCUGCGGGCGGUUUUUGUCAAAGGGUCCAAAAUAGCCGUAUUUGUCAGCAUUGUGAUGUCAAAACGAGCACGGUGACCCCCACUUUUUAUUACCUUUUUAUCAUCUUGAUUUGUUACAUCAGUGUACCAAGUUUCAUCUACAAUCUAUUUUAGGUUCUUUUACUAGGGAGUCACUUUAAGAACGGUGGCUGCAGGAUGCGACAGCCGACAGCUCCUUUGAAAACAGUGUCUAUUAUUAUUAUUGUUGUUGUUACAGGUUGGUGCUGGUGCUAUUGGAUGUGAACAUCUCAAAAAUUUUGCCAUGAUGGGUUUAGCUUGCAGUGAUGCUGGGCAGCUGUUUGUCACAGAUAUGGACACCAUUGAAAAAUCCAACCUUAACAGGCAAUUUCUUUUCAGACCAGGAGAUGUACAGGUGAGGCUGGUGCAAUAAACAUUUAAUCUUUCAUUAUCUAAAAAUAGUGAUAGACAAACCUCUUUUAAAAUAGCUUGAGGUAGCAGACACUUUUUCGGCUCCUGUAUUUUCUCAGCAGGUGAAACAAGAGCCGAAAAAGGCGCCUGUUCCCUGCAGGCUACUUUUAUAUUACACACUUUAAAAAUAAACCAGGUAAAGUCAAAUUUCAUCCAACUCACACAAAUAUUUUCAGCAACCAACAUUUCACGAUCUAGUCAAUUUUUUGAGCUGCAAACUGAGUGCUGACUUGUUUGAAUUGAGCACAAUGGAAGGUGGGCUCUUGUCAAAAUUUGCCAAAUUUAUCUUCCUGGAAUAUUAUUUAGAGUAUAACAACCCAAGUCGAGCUACUUCUAUUGCCUACAAAACCUUUGAGCACAUUUUGAUAUUUCAGUUUAACCACUAAGGAAAAUAAGACCCUUUCUCUUAGAGUCAACAUUAAGGUCUGGUCCUAGUUGUUCAAAAGGUGGAUAGAUUACUAUCCAGUGUAUAAGGCAAUUGCAUUCCCUAAUACUUAUUCACUGGAUAGUGAUCCAUCCCUUGGAUGUGCUAUCCAACAUUUGAACAAUCAAGGCCUGGAAUGAAUGAGUGAACACUCCUUCAAGAAUUGGCUUGCCUGCUGCCAAAACGUUUGAGAGGAAUGAGUGGGUGGGAUCUAGUAAAGUAAAGUAAAAGUUUAUUUACACAGGGUAGCCCAUUCAGCUCUAAGGCUGGUCUCCAUAGGGGCACUGGAUCUUAAAAAAAGUUAAUUUACAUCAAGAAUUUUCAUGAACUAUUACAUUUAAAAAGCCUAAUAAAAAUACAAUACUAAAAUUUAAGAACUACAUUAAAAAGACCAAAAAUACAAUGCAAAAUCACAUGUGAAGCCUAAAAUAGUAAUAAAAUAACAACUGAACAACCCUAGCAGUGGUUGCCUCUUUGGAGGUGGGUACGGCUUUACUUCUUUACUUGUUCGAACCAGUUUGACAUCAGCGUGAAUGUACAUUGUGCCUUGUUUUAGACCCAGCCUUGUCCUUAGCCUUCGAGUGAGCUGUCCAUUUGGGGGAUAUCGUGAAAAUUAGGCGCGUGAGAGGCACGCCAGAGGAGGCACGGUUUCGCCGCUCGCUCGCCCGUUCUCGCGCGGCUUGCUUCGCUCGCCCAAAUAGGAGGAGGCUGCUCGCAGGCUACCUUGUUCUAUAGAGGGAAUACCUUUUUAGCGACUGUUUUGAGUACACCACUGGUUUGCCUAAACACUACAAAACCGCAGUUUCUUUAGUCAGGUUUUAUAAAUUGGCAUUUUAUACUUAAAUGGAAUUAUUUACAGACAGCCUGUCCUCUUUCCACCUUGUAGUACUAUCAUUGUUUUGGUGUUGUUUUAGCAAUUGAAAUCAGAGGUUGCAGCGAGGGCGGUCAAGGUAAUGAAUCCUGAGAUUAAUAUUACGGCUCACCAAAACAGAGUUGGCCCAGAAACAGAAAGUAUCCUUUAACACUGCCAAUCAUGCUCUGUUACAUGAAUUUAGAAAUGAAUUCACUCUAAUUGGCCAGUCAAGUGAUAACUAUUAACCGAGGGAGACCACGAGUAGUGCCCUCUUUUGCCUAUAGAUAGCAGAGGAAGCAGAAGAAGUGGGCUCUUAGAAUUCACGUCUUGCAAGGAGACAUGUCGAGGUAAUACUUAGCCGUUCCAGGCGCUAACAAGGUGGGGAAUGACGCAAAAUGGGGAGCGGAAGAGAGGGAGAGGGAUGGGGAAUGUUUGGAUCAGUUUAGGUUUCUGGAAAACUUCCCACCUAUCCCCCAAGCCAACAUUUUGCCCUAAAUGAGAAGUUAGUGUUAAUGUUGUCUUAAGGGAGGGGUAGUUGGGCAGUUUUCCUGAAACCUAAAUUGAUCCUCUUUUGGGCUCAUUAUCAUAUUUUCAGCUUGCUACGUGUACAUUUUUUUUGCAAAGAACUUCUAUAAUUCGAUCGUUUAUAGCCAGUAAUUUCUUAGUAAGAUUGUGGGGAUAUAUUUUCCACCCCUUUCCUGAAUAAUAUUCCACCUUCACCGUGUUGCCCCCACCACGUUUUCAAGACGGACUGAUGUAUGAUUUCAUCGCUGUCGCAUCGCAAACAAACAAGGUUAUAGACUUUCGAGCAUUGAAAAUUUCCUUAAUAAUCCAUCCGUAUGGUAUUAUACCAUAGGUUACGAAGGGUUUGCAUACGUUUCCCCCUCUCCCUCUCCCUUUCCCCACUGCCCCCACCCUCUCGCCUUAAGUUUUUUCCCUGUCGUUUUGCUUUGCGCUGGCUUUACUAUCUAGACUCCUUGAUCAGGCCAGGUGACAUUCGGGGGAAACAAUGGCUAAUUCAAGGGCCCUCGCGUUUUUUUUUUUUGUUCCCUACAGCCUUGCUAGACCAUUAAUUACAAUUAUUUUGGUAAUUAUUGCCAAUUUAGUUAUUUGGUAGGUCAUCGCAAGUUUUCCUUAACAGUGCUAGAAACAUACAAUGAUGAUUUCUUUGAGGCACUUGAUGGUGUGACAAAUGCGUUGGACAACGUGGAUGCCAGUAAGUAUUCCACUGUUUCUUUUAUUUUGAGAAUACAUGUAUUCCCGGUGACCAAAAAAGAGAAGAGUACAACCUGGAGCCUCGACUCUCUUAACGAACACCUCGGUAAAACGGACACAUGCAGGUGCUCCCUGGCUUUCUUUACCCCCUAUAUUCGACUCUCUGUAAGACGGACAACAAGUGCUGGUUCCAAAGGAGUCGGUAUUAGCUAAGAGAGUUGAUCGUAUACAUAAUUUUUUUUUUUUUUCAGGAAUGUACAUGGACAGACGGUGUGUCUAUUAUCACAAGCCACUACUGGAAUCAGGAACUUUAGGAACGAAGGGCAAUGUACAGGUAGAAACUUCAAAAUAAGAAAUUACUGAAGUCAGUAGUUCUUGUUCAGUUCAUGAGGUUUAGUCUGACUGCAGUAUCACAGGGUCCAGAGGAGUUUCGUGUGAAUGACUUAUUCAAAGUCUCACCUUGAAAACUGUCUACACCUGUCGCUUAGCACGAUUAAUUAGCCCAAUGGGAUUUUUAUGAAUCCACUGUAAACGAUUUCUUCGUUUCUUAUCUGACCGAGAUCGACUUUGUUGUUCGCCAUUUUGAAAAUCAAUAACCGCAAGCCAUAUUAUCAUCCUCGCUGGCGCACGGCACGUCGCCCGAAGGGCUUGCGAGCCCUCAGUCUCUUGGUUUGCGGUCUAUAGAAUGUGUAACGAAACUGUAACGCGAUCAAAAUAACCCAUUUUUCAGAGGUUUUCGACGGGUUUUGAUGUUCUAACGACAAACACAUCUCCUCUGGACCCUGUGCAGUAUGAGUGCAAACUCGUAGCCUGCCAACAAGCUUUCGAGAAAGGAAAACAGUCAACUCUCCGGUAGCUACAUGUGCCAUCUGGGGCAUCGUUACCAAGGACUUAUUGGCCUGCAUGAAUUCCGGAGUUCACGUUUGUUUUUGGAGGUCGUUGAUUUUAGAACUUUACGAUGUUGAACUCAGACGCAACCAAGUGUUUAACGCAUGAUGAAACAUUAACUGUGAGUUUAGUGAACGGCUUAAAGAGCAUUCCUCAAGAUAGGUUUAUUUAGCCUGCCUGGUGAACGUCGAAAGGGAGCCGGGGGGAGGGGGGAUGGGCUGGGAGGAAGGGAAAAAGGGACGGGGAUUGGGGAGAAGGGAAAAGGGGGCGCCUGUCAAGAACCCCCUUUUGUUUAUUUCUGCGGCCACAGGCGUUUGCAAAUUUCUGAUUGGUUGUGCCGUAAUGAGUAACUUGUUCACGUUUAUUAAGUAACGAACAACCAUGAUGAAGGCAUUGAAGGAAAUAUGUUCUACAGGCCAUUUGCACUAAGAGAUCAUGUGACAUCGUUUUUAUGAAAAUGAAAGUUACAUGAUUUUGCCUUUGAAAAACGAUUAGUGGGUCAUAUCUUAAACAAAAUAGUAGUGAUUUGGUUUUUUCAAACCCGCACCAUUUUCUUUAAAUGAGUAAGUUCCUACCUGGUCACGUGACCAAAAUGUGCUCUGUCAAUUUUUGGCAUCCGCAAGAUUCAAACUCAUUGUUUAACGGAAGCAUUGGUUACGUGACCAGGUGACCUCCUAUUGGCAUAUGCUCUGGAAGAUUAAAAUUACGUCAAUCUAUUGUCGGCUUCACGUUGAAAUCCUUUUCGCUUUUGCACUUUGCCCAUUGCCUCUUCCCUUUAUUGCGUUUUUCACGUGGGCUGUGUUCAUUUUCCAGUUUAUUUUUUUAUUAUUUCCCACGAAACCUGCAGCUAAAAAUCGCUCUUAUUCUUUAACGUGCAUUUUUUCAGGUUGUGCUUCCUCGCCUAACAGAAUCUUACAGCUCUUCACAAGAUCCACCUGAAAAAUCAAUUCCCAUUUGUACUUUGAAGAAUUUUCCAAAUGCGAUCGAACAUACCCUACAGGUAUGAACCAUGGUGCUGGGUAACUGUUAUUGAAGAUGGUUGGUGUGCAGCGUAGGCGCGCCUUUACCAAGAACUGACUAGCCAGAACGGGCUGGGAAUUUCACUGUAAUCAGGACUGUCCAGCCUGAGAUCUUUAAGCGUUGAAAAGUUUAAAGCAUACAUUUUGGCUAAAGUUUGAUUAAAUAUAGCCCCUUGUAAUUCAUCUUGCUGAUUAGCAGCACCUGUUAAUGCCUUGACAUCUUCAUCCGUAUCAUCGCGGAUCCCGAGUUUGGCAUUGAGAUGUACGAAACAUUGCGAUAGCAGUUUUGUGAUUUCACGUGCUGGGAUGUUGAGCCGAAAUAAAGGAGUGUUCUGCAACCGUAAUAUUAACAAACGCCUCUAUUGUGGCCAUGUGUCAUGUAGGCCUUGCUGUCUAGUUGAAGUUAUCAUUCAUUUUGUGUUCAUUAGAUCUAUAGAAUUUUGAUUAAUAACUGUAAACAUGGCUUAAAAUUUUUCAGUGGGCCAGAGAUGCAUUUGAGGGUGAGUUCACUAUCCCCGCAGAGAAUGUUAACCAGUAUAUCGGGUAGGUACAGAUGAGAUCUGAGUAAUCGGCAACUAAAACGAAAUUAAAUUCUUAUGAUAUGAAUUCUUAGGACUGCUAUUUUUGUUUUGUGUGCUGCUGUGGUUUCCUGGCCACGAAAGAGCGAUCAAAAGCUUGAUAAGUACUUCGCAUACUUAAAAAUAUGAUGUCAUGCCUAUUAUUUUUCAUCUAGUUUAUGUUGGCAACUGUUGUUGUUUUUGUUGUCCUUCUUGGAGUCGAAUUUGCUAUG